CGGAAGUAGACGGGACCACCAACUGGGAGGCUUUGGGGUCGGGCCCUGGGGCCUGCAGCCACCAUGCCUGUCACUGGGAAGACUUUCCGCCGGCGUCGGGCCGAGUCGGAGUCUGAUGAGGACGAUCAGGACUCGGAGGAGGUCCGACUAAAACUGGAAGAAACCCGAGAGGUACAGAAUUUGAGGAAGAGGCCUAAUGGGGUGAGUGCUGUGGCCUUGCUCGUGGGGGAGAAGGUGCAAGAAGAGACCACUUUAGUGGAUGACCCCUUCCAGAUGAAGACAGGUGGCAUGGUGGAUAUGAAGAAGCUAAAGGAAAGGGGCAAAGAUAAGAUCAGUGAAGAGGAAGAUCUGCACCUUGGGACAUCGUUCUCUGCAGAGACCAACCGUAGGGACGAGGAUGCUGACAUGAUGAAAUACAUCGAGACGGAGCUGAAGAAGCGGAAGGGGAUUGUGGAGCAGGAGGAACAGAAGGCAAAGCCUCGAAAUGCCGAGGACUGUCUGUACGAGCUACCUGAGAACAUCCGUGUAGCAUCAGCCAAGAAAACAGAGGAAAUGCUGUCCAACCAGAUGCUCAGCGGCAUCCCCGAGGUGGACCUGGGCAUUGAUGCCAAGAUCAAGAACAUCAUUUCCACAGAGGAUGCUAAAGCCCGGCUGCUGGCUGAGCAGCAGAACAAGAAGAAGGACAGUGAAACAUCCUUUGUGCCCACUAACAUGGCCGUCAACUACGUGCAGCACAACCGCUUUUAUCAUGAGGAACUCAAUGCCCCCAUCCGGAGAAACAAGGAGGAGCCCAAAGCACGGCCCUUGAGAGUGGGUGACACAGAGCGACCGGAACCCGAGCGGUCCCCGCCUAAUCGCAAGCGGCCUGCCAAUGAGAAGGCCACAGACGAUUACCACUAUGAGAAGUUCAAGAAGAUGAACCGGCGCUACUGAUGAUGGCACCAGCAAGCAGCCAGAGAUGGGGAUGUCUGGGCAGAUGUGGCCCCUGUUGUGGAUAGGAUCCCAGGCAGGAGCCCGGACUAUUCGGCCUGACAGUGCCACCACUCAGCUGCUCUGGGCACUGAAUAUGGAAACCUUUGCAGAUGAGACUGUAAUUUUCUGACGAGGUCCAAAUUCUAUUCUUGCAAGUGUCACUAAAUGGUUUGUACAGAA